CGGCGGCGGCGGCGCUGGCCUCGUUCUUUUGUGCUCUCGCGGCGGCGGCCUCGGCCCUCACCGGCGCAUCCUCUCGGCCCGGUACCCGCGCGCUCUUCGUGACGGGCCAUGUCGGCGGCGGGAGCGAGCGCCGGCGUGGAGGCGGGCUUCUCUAGCGAGGAGCUGCUGUCGCUCCGCUUCCCGCUGCACCGCGCCUGCCGCGAUGGGGACCUGGCCGCGCUCUGCUCGCUGUUGCAGCAGACGCCGUGCGCCCACCUGGCCGCCGAGGACUCCUUCUACGGCUGGACGCCCGUGCACUGGGCCGCGCACUUUGGCAAGUUGGAGUGCCUGGUCCAGUUGGUGAGAGCCGGAGCCGCCCUCAACGUCUGCACUACGCGCUUCGCCCAGACCCCGGCCCACAGCGCGGCUUUCGGCGGACACCCCCAGUGCCUGGUCUGGCUGAUCCAAGCGGGAGCCAACAUUAACAAACCAGACUGUGAGGGCGAGACUCCCAUUCACAAGGCGGCUCGCUCCGGGAGCCUGGACUGCAUCAGCGCCCUGGUGGCCAGCGGGGCUCGUGUCGACCUGAGAAAUGCCAGUGGCCUGACGGCAGCGGACAUUGCUCAGACGCAGGGCUUCCAGGAGUGCACCCGGUUUCUCUUGAGCCUGCAGAACCGCCACCUGAGCCGCUUCUGCCAGGACGGCCCCUUGAAUGGGGGCCGUCAGGAGGUGCUUCCUCACCACGCUGGCGGGGGAGCACAUCGGAAGAGGUGCUUGCAAGACCCGGAACCCAUGGGAGCGAAGAAAGCCAGGGCGGAAGCUCCGGGCCUGGACUGCGCCAUGCCGCUGGCGAACGGCGAGGCGGAAGACGAAGCGGAUAGGAUGCACGUUGACAGAGAGAGUGGUGCCCUAACAGAUAUGAAAGACAGUAGCUCCGUAUCGAAUGCCUUGACAAACGGCUGUGUCAUCAGCGGACACUCGGACUUCCCCUCCCCGGCCCGGCUCGGUGGCAUGGAAGGCAGGAGUGGCCCGUGCUCAGCGGGGCCGCCCGGGAUGAGCCCCGCGCUGGCGCCGGCCCGGCCGUUCGCCGGCGACCAGGGCUCUGUGUGUGUGAACCGGAGCGAGGAGCCGGAGAGGAGCGGCAGCGCGGAGAUGUGCGGCUCCCUGCACCUCAACGGCAGCCCGAGCAGCUGCGUGGCCAGCAGGCCCAGCUGGGUGGAGGACCCCGAGGAGACUCUGCACUACGGACAUUACCACGGCUUCGGGGACACGGCCGAGAGCCUGCCCGAGCUGAACAGCGUGCUGGAGCACUCCGACUCCGUGAAGGUGGCACAGCGCUACGACAGCGCCCUGCUGGGCACCAUGCACCUCUACCACGGCUCCUAAGGGAGGCCGGCGGCCGGGCCUCCAGGCAGCCAGCCCGCAGCACCGUUUUUUAUACUCUCCCUUUCUGAGCGGCAGCCUCUGGUUCUACAGGUUCCCCGCGCGUGCUCGCUCCUGCGCCGGUGUCAGCCCCGGGCCUCGGGCCCGUCCCGAGGUGCGCCUUCGGGGUCCGGGUUUUCUGGCGCCGGUCUCCACCGUUUCUCCUUACACUGUCCCGGUUCUCCAUUUGUCAAAGUCAGGGAUCCCUGCUGGAGGUCCACAGAGGCAGGCACCUGCUAGCCCAGCCCGCCGGGCUGGCGCCUGCGGCGUAGCUGACAGCACAGCGGCCUCCCUGUGCAAGGUGCGGCCUCACCAGGGCUUCUUGGCAUGGUUGGUAUGAAGAAACACGACCCUUCUCUCCCGGUGUCGCUCAGUGGGGCCCUGGAGCAUCCCCGGGUCUGGCCGUGGGCGUGGGCAUGGCCCCCGGAGCUGCCUGCUGCGAUGGCGCCCGGUGCCUGGGGCGACGUCUGACUUCUGUUUCUAUGCCACUUUCCUACUCGGUCUCUGGACUUCCUGCCACGGGUAAUGGCUCCCUAGCGUGGUGGAAGUCCUACUGGUAGGAACCGUCAGGUGGGGAUAUUUAACUGACCGUUCUGACUUAGCGCUUUGUUUUUCUCUUGUUUUUGUUGGGGGGCUUUUCUGCUCUAAAGUAUAUACCACUAUGUAUGUCCAGUUACCUGGGAGGAUUUUAUCUCUCUUGAUAAACUUGCAUUGAGUUCAUGGUUUUAUAGAAAUUCACUUUGCUUAGGCAACUAGUGGGCACAACGUGCAAAUAUUGUAAUGAAUUUUUACUUUUCUGGUUUUUGUAAUAAAAUCAGUGCAGAUAGAGAAAUGUCAGAUGGACAAACCAACGGUCUAGAAGUGUUGCUAGUAUUUUGUUUUCAAACUGUCCUUUAUGAACUGAAUAAAAACCCACCCGGUUAUUG